CAAUGAGGAGCCGUGUUGCUACGGGUUGUCAUGGUAACAGCCAAUGGCACGUGGAGAUGGAGUCUAGUGAUGCUGCCCGAGAUGCUGGGGGGCCGGGUGUGCGGGAAGCCGGGCUGCCAGCGGCGCUGACGGCCGUCGAUGGGGACCGGGACCCCCAGGGGGGAGCGGCGCCGGUGGUGAAACGCGGAGUCCAGACAAGAAGCCCCUGCAGUCUAGCUUUGAUCCUUCCCAACAAUACAUCCUGCUGGCUGGGGACCUCUCUGGCUCUCAGCUUCCAUGGAGGUGUCAUCUCACCCUCCCAGGACCUGGCAGCAUGACCUUGACCAAGGGCUCCUUCACCUACUCCAGUGGGGAGGAGUACUGCGGGGAGUGGAAGGAAGGCCGCAGGCAUGGCAUUGGCCAGCUAACGUUUGCGGAUGGCAGCACCUACCUGGGUCACUUUGAGAAUGGGCUUUUCCAUGGCUGCGGCGUGCUCACCUUCUCCGAUGGCUCCAGGUACGAGGGGGAGUUCAUGCAGGGGAAGUUCAAUGGCGUUGGAGUUUUCACGCGCUACGACUCGAUGACCUUCGAGGGCGAGUUCAAGAGCGGGCGUGUGGAUGGCUUCGGGCUCCUGACCUUCCCCGACGGCUCCCAUGGGGUGCCCCGCAGCGAGGGCUUCUUUGAGAACAACAAGCUGCUGCGGCGGGAGAAGUGCCCAGCCGUGAUCCAGAGAGCUCAAAGUGCCUCCAAGUCCGCACACAACCUCCCGGCGUGACUGGGGUGCCACGGGACUCCGCCACCCACCCACGGCCCCUCCUGCCGCUGGCCGGCCUGGCCUCCAAGAGCCUGCGGGGCAGGAGCUGCGGUGCCCAGCCGGGGGGGGGGCGGCGUGUUGGCACAGCCAGUCUGCCUGCUCGUCACGGGCCCCAGCAUAGCUGGCCACCUCCCUCCUGCUGGCUACAGAACUUCCUCUGAGUGCCCACCUCCUGGAUCCUGGGGGCUCUGAUUGCUGCCCCCCUCUGGGGGGGAGACAGGAGACCCCCUUCCCUGGGGCUUUGCUCACUGUCUUGGAGCAAACAAUACCACAGGGCCCUCCAUACAGACCCCUGGGCACAGCCCCCAUGGCCAGCCCUGCUGCUGGGCUGUGUGGGGCAGUGGAGGGGCAAUCUGCCAGGGCCUUGGUCCCUGUGGUUAGCUAGGAGCUGCUGCACCUGCUUUCCCAAAGCCCAAAGGGAGCUGGUAUCUCCCUGCCCCUUUUUUGUCCUGAUGCUGGGGGCAGGGCAAGCCCCCCCCCCUUUUUCUUGCUCUGGGCAUCCUGGCCCCACAGCCUGUGCCUCCCCCUCAACUCUCCCAAGGGCGUAUGGCCUGAGCAUGCCCAGGUCUCCUCCCAGCUGGCCUCUCUGUGUCCCGGGGGCUGUCUGGUCACUAUUGCCUGUCAGUGCCUUGGCACAGGGUCGGGCCAGGGCAGUGAGCAGGGGGCACUGUGUAGCCCCAGUCCUGAGCCAUGCCCCAUAGUUCCAAGCAUCUCAGUCUCCUCCCUCAUUGCUGUGCUGACAGGCUGCACUGUGGGGCUGGUGCCAAGGGCUCUGGCAGGCACUGGGCACUGUGGGUCUGCACCGCCUGGGGUGAGCUUUUCACGCUCCCGCUGUCCCUUGAACCGACUGGGGACUUAGUCUCCAUUCAGCCCUAGUGAGCACUUGGGCCUGCCGUGAUGCUGCAGCCUGACGAGUGCCAGUGUCUGGGGGGCUGCAGGUCGGGGCAAGGGGCAGAGGCAGAGCUGUGCUGGAGCCCAGGAGGGCGAGGAAGAGCGGGGCUGAGGGGCACCAGCAGUGUGAGGUUGGGGGGGAGCCAGGGCUGGGCUCACGGUUCAGCGAGCAGGAUGGGGGGCACCAGUAGAGCUGCACACAGGACUCCCCCCACACGGCCUGCUUGUCUCCAGUGUCGGUUCUCUGCUGGGAGCAGUAGCUGUCACUUGUGAUGCCGGUGCAGGGAGGGAGCCCAGGGCCAGGCCCGGCUGGGAGCCAUGUCCUCGCAGAGCAGGGUGCAUGUGAACUGCCCACUCUGUGCUGCUACUGCCCUCGUGCCUUGCUGUAUCCUGCACCGUGCCGCCCCCGCGGGGCCUCGGCGAAUAAACCGCGUUGCCAAA